GCCCCGCGGGUCCGCCGAGUCCAGCGAUACAACACUUCCGACUCGGAACUGCGCACGUGCAUCUGUCGCUCGGUGCAGACGGCUGGGCAACCCGGCAACAUGUCGCAGUUACAGAUGAAACUCCUGCGCAAGAAGAUCGAAAAGCGGAACGCCAAGCUGCGGCAACGGAACCUGAAGCUGCAAGAAGCAUCAGACAGGAGCCUGUCACAGCCUGAAAAUGGAGAUGUGCCUGAAGAACUAGGAAAAGGUGGAAAAGCUAAAAAGGCCCUGAAGCAUUCUGUGACUGCAGGCUCAGCAGAAGCACAAAGUAGAGGCGUGCCCGAGGAGACUGUGGAAAAUGCCAAAGUUAAAAAGUCACCCCAAAAACUUACCAUUUUAACCAAUGGAGAAGCAGCAGCAAUGCCAUCUACAGAUCCAGAACUAAAGAAGAAAAAGAAGAAGAAGAGGAAAAUUGGAAAUGACACUGAGCCUGAUCCCAAAAAAGCAAAAACUGAAGAAGGCACGGAGGCUCGUGAGGAACCAGAAGGGGCUGGUGAGGAACCAGAAGGGGCUGGUGAGGAACCAGAAGAUGGUGUGAAGGAGGCAGAUGACAGUGAGGUGCCCAGUCUGCCGUUGGGAGUGACAGGUGCUUUCGAGGACACUUCGUUUGCUUCCUUGUCUAAUCUCGUCAAUGAGAACACCCUGAAGGCCAUAGAAGAAAUGGGCUUCAAGCACAUGACAGAGAUCCAGCAUAAAAGUAUCAGGCCACUUCUGGAAGGCAGGGAUCUUCUGGCGGCUGCGAAAACCGGCAGCGGCAAGACCCUUGCUUUCCUCAUCCCUGUGAUCGAGCUCAUUGUCAAAUUGAAGUUCAUGCCCAGGAAUGGAACAGGAGUCCUGAUUCUCUCUCCUACCAGAGAACUGGCCAUGCAGACCUUUGGUGUGCUUAAGGAACUGAUGACACACCACGUUCACACGUACGGGCUGAUCAUGGGUGGCAGUAACAGGUCUGCUGAGGUACAGAAGCUUCUCAAUGGGAUCAACAUCGUCGUGGCCACCCCAGGCCGGCUCCUAGACCACAUGCAGAACACACCAGGGUUUAUGUACAAGAACCUGCAGUGUCUGGUUAUCGAUGAGGCCGACCGUAUCUUGGAUGUUGGGUUUGAAGAAGAAUUAAAGCAGAUCAUUAAACUUUUGCCAGCACGUAGGCAAACCAUGCUCUUCUCUGCCACACAAACUCGAAAAGUUGAAGACUUGGCAAGAAUUUCCCUGAAAAAAGAGCCAUUGUACGUGGGUGUUGACGACGACAAAGAGGUUGCCACAGUGGAUGGCCUUGAGCAGGGGUAUGUUGUCUGUCCCUCUGAGAAGAGGUUCCUUCUGCUUUUCACAUUCCUUAAGAAGAACCGGAAGAAGAAAGUGAUGGUCUUCUUUUCCUCCUGUAUGUCUGUGAAAUACCACUAUGAGCUGCUGAACUACAUUGACCUGCCUGUCUUAGCCAUCCAUGGAAAGCAAAAGCAAAAUAAGCGAACAACCACGUUCUUCCAAUUCUGCAACGCAGAUUCGGGAAUACUGCUGUGCACUGAUGUGGCGGCCAGAGGGCUGGACAUCCCUGAAGUGGACUGGAUUGUUCAGUACGAUCCUCCCGAUGACCCCAAGGAGUACAUUCAUCGGGUCGGCAGAACAGCCCGAGGCCUGAAUGGAAGAGGGCACGCCCUGCUCAUCUUGCGCCCUGAAGAGCUGGGUUUCCUUCGGUACUUGAAACAAUCCAAGGUUCCGUUGAAUCAGUUUGACUUCUCCUGGUCUAAGGUUUCUGAUAUUCAGUCUCAGCUGGAAAAACUGAUCGAAAAGAACUACUUUCUGCACAAGUCUGCCCAGGAAGCGUACAAGUCCUACAUACGGGCAUAUGACUCCCACUCUCUCAAGCAGAUCUUCAAUGUCAACAACUUAAAUUUGCCUCAAGUUGCUCUGUCUUUUGGUUUUAAGGUCCCUCCUUUUGUUGAUCUGAGUAUCCUUUGUGACGUUGUGCUGCAAUUAAGGGGCUUAGCAGAACUGUUGGGGCUUAACAGCAAGUCGGUGUGUCCCUCAGCUGCCAGCCAAAAGGCUCUGGUGUCCAUCCUGGCCAUUGUGUGUCUGCCUGCAGUAGCUAGAACAUGGGACUAGGAAGGAGUCAGCGUGAACUUGUCACUGGGGCGGGAAUUACCAGAAUAAGGCAGCUCAGGAUUUAAGUCACUGAAGAACUAAGAUUGGCUGGCAGGAUAGCUCAGUGGGCAAAAGUGUUUGUACAACAUGCCUGGCACCCAAGUUUGACCUGUAGGACUCAGGGUGGAAGGAGAGAACCAAACAUCCCUAGUAGUUGCGCUCUGACCUCCAUCGUGUGCUGUGGCACACAUGCCCUCAUGUAUACACACAGAAGAAUAUUAAAAAGACAGAAAUAGAACUUAGCGAGAGGCAGGUAGUUGUGUCUUCAAGGUAGAGGCACAGAGCGGUGGGAAGUAGUGCUGAAGAGAGGUGAGAGCUCUCAGACAGAGUUUUCUAGCCUCGUGUAGCCACCAGAGGGUUACCUGUGCAGAAAUGGCCACAGAAAUCAAAGCUGAGCCCUGGUCUAGGACCUCCCAGUUGCUUCCAUUGCAGUUUGGUGUGUGUGCACAGAUGUGCUUGAGUAGCAACCGUAUUUUCAGAAGAAAGAAUCAGAUAGGAAGACUGCUUUUCAAUGCUACUGUAGUAACUCCUGAGGGGAUUCCAAGACCAGAUUGACGAGCUUCUUCACGCUAGACCUUGUGAGCGUCUGCUGUAAUAAGAGUUGGAUUGUAUGAGAAAGAAUCGCAGAUAGCUCUUGGGCCUCUCUGGUCUCAGCAGACUUGAAAGGCGUGUGCAGCGACAAGUGCUCAGUUGACCUCAGACUCGGUUAUUCUACGCUGUUGUGAUUAUAGUGUGCUGCCUCAUGCGGCCACCACAGUUGACUUGAGCGUCAUUGCUGUUCAUUUUGGUGUUCAAGCUUAUUGUUGCUCCUAGUCUUGUGCAGGUUCAUUGCACAGCUCAUACACACACACGCACACACACACACACAUGUGCACGCGCGGACACACACAUACCAUCUCCGUUGGUCAAGGGGAGUGCGGCACAGGGGCAGUGCUGGGCAUAUUGAGCUUUUCUCUGACACAGCUUGUACCCUUUGUUGCUUGGCUUCCUUAACAUUCUCCUGUAGAUGUGAGCAGCCACGACGGCAAGCUUAAAAAGAGAGGUGGUGGUGGGGGAUUCGGCUACCAGAAAACAAAGAAAGUGGAGAAGUCCAAGAUCUUUAAACACAUCAGUAAGAAGCCAGCAGACCGCAGGCAGUUCUCUCACUGAGGCGAUCUGCCUUCUGCCUGGACUGACUUUGCCCAACUUCCUCCUCCUCCACCCCUGCUCCCCAGUACUCUUUAAAAAGGAACGUUUAUCACAUUUAGAAUCUUUUUGUCUUUACUAUGAUAAUAUUUUAUUUUUAAAUACUUCCAUAAAACAAAUUUUAUCAUUG